AUGUUACCACUUUUCAAGAAAUUCCAGGUUGAAAAGUUUAUCGAUGGUUCUUUUCCAUGUCCUGAUCAAGGAACCACAAGAGCUCAACUAGUUGAAUAUCAAGAUUGGAUUGCUGAAGAUACAACUCUUCUUCUUGGGAUCCAAUCAACAAAAUCUGUUUCAACUAUUGGUUAUGUUGCUGGUGCUGCUACUUCUAGAGGAUUGUGGCUUAGCAUUCAAGAAAGAUUUGCUCAUACUUCUGCAACUCAUGUGAUUCAUAUUCGUACCAAGCUUCAAUCUCUCAAAAUGAGUAGUUUUGUAUCAAAAUAUCUAAUGGAGAUUAAAAGCCUUCAAGAUCAACUUGCAGCUGCAGGAUCUCAAAUUUCAGACACUGAAAUGGUGGCAACUAUUUUAUCUGGCUUGCCUCUAGAGUAUCAUUCCUUUGCUACUUCCAUUAAAAUUCGUAAUCCGCCAGUAUCAAGCAAGGAACUGUUCAAUCUGCUCAUGAAUGAAGAAAUUGUUGUAACAAAUACCAAAACUGAUUCUGAAGCCAAAGCUUUUGCGGCUCAACAUUAUCAACAGUUCAAACCUACUUCUAGUUACACUCCUAGACCUUCAUACUCAAACUCAGUUUUUCAUAUAGGUGGAUCAAGAGGUCGAGGUGGUCGACAUCCAAAUCCUAAUUUCUUCUCAAGACCUUCCUAUGGAAGAGGCACUACUUCUGAAAUUGAACCUUGUCAAAUCUGCAAAGAUAGUGGAGCUAACAAUCACAUCACCUCUAAUGAUGCUAAUCUGACUACUUCUUCUCCUUAUGAUAAUGCUGAGAUGAUUUCAACGACUAGUGGCCGAAUUAUGCACAUCUCUCAUAUUGGUCACUCAUUAAAACAUGACUUGACCUCUCAGAGGAUCAUUUUGCAAGGUCCACAUAAAAAUGGUCUUUACCCUAUUCAAUUCAAUUCACACACUGCUCUUGUUACAUACUCCAUUUCUCUCAUCACCAGAAGAAUGCACAAAUUUCCUUUUAGUCUUUCUAAUACUGUUGCUGCUCAACCUUUAGAGCUUCUUCAUAUGGACUUAUGGGGUCCCUGUCAUGUCAGCUUUCUUUCAGGCUCAUACUACUAUGCUAAUGUUGUACAUGAGUACUCCAAAACUGACAAUGGUGGUGAAUUUACUGGCAAUCUUCUUAAAGCUUAUCUUACUCAAAAAGGAAUUCUUCAUGAUUUUUCUUGUCCCAAAACACCUGAGCAAAAUGGUGUUGCUGAGAGUAUAUAUGUCUUAUUCAAUGAAUCCAGUUUUCCUUUCAAAACGUUUUCAUCUCAUACUAUUUCUACAACUGUUCCAUCCAUCAUUCCUACUUGUGAUGCUUCUACUGCUCCUUCAAUUUCCGAGUCAGUUCCUCCUCCAAUACUCACUACCUUCACUCCCACUACUACAACUAAAGUCAUUCCUCAAAAUGAUCAUUCCAUGAUUACUAGGGCUAAGAGAGGUGUGUUUAAACCAAAAACUAUGCUUGCCACUAAAAAUUUAUUGCCUGCAGCUUACUUAAGUGAUACAACAUCUCCAGUUCCAACAUGCUUUUCUCAAGCAAUAAAGAAUCCAAAAUGGAAGGUAGCCCCUUUUCAGGAACAUGAAGCUUUACUUAAUCCUGGUACUUGGUCUUAUGUGCCUUCUUCACCUGAACAAAAUGUAGUUGGCUGCAAAUAG